AACUGAAGCAAAAGAAAAACGUAUAACAAUAAAAACAAGUUAUAUAUAAACAGCUGCAAAAACGUACAUGUUUUAGUACGCCGGAACGGCUGCCCGCGUUACAAUGUCGGCAUUACUCGUACAUUUAAUCACGUGUUCUAUUUUGAUAAUAAGUGCGAGUGAAGCCGCGAGAAUCCUUGCAAUUUUUCCAGUCCCAUCCAUAUCUCAUCAAGUAGUAUUCCGUCCUAUAACUCAUGAACUAGCCAAGAGAGGACAUGAUGUUACCGUCAUCACGCCAAAUCCAGUCUUCACUAAAGGAGAAACUCUGCCAAAUCUAACAGAAAUUGAUGUUCAAGAUAUUUCAUACAAGAUAUGGCAGGAUCAUUUCAUGAAGAAAGCUGCCUCAGGGAAUAAGGAUGACAUGCAUUUUGCAAUGGAUCUUAUUUUGAGAACAUUUACAUUGGUUGUCGAAGCACAGCUGAAGACAGAUGCCGUGAAGAAAAUCGUCAAUGAUAAGGAAACUAAAUAUGACUUACUAAUGAUUGAAGCUUGUGUGCCGCCUGCUUUAGUGUAUUCCCACAUUUUUAAAAACGUACCUGUGAUAUUAGUGAGUUCUUUAGGAGCAGCACCUGGUAACUAUGAAGUGAUAGGAGCAGCAGUUCAUCCGUUCCUCUACCCAUCAGUUCUAAGACAGAGACUGCAUAACCUAAGUCUUUGGGAGAAGGUUACAGAGUUGUACAGUCACUACAAAACGGUGCAAAUGUAUUCAAGGAAUGAAGAGAUAGGAAAUGAAAUGUUGAGUAGACAUUUUGGUGAAAAGAUUCCUCGUAUCAGUGAAUUGGCGAAUAAUGUGGAUAUGUUGUUCCUGAAUGUGCAUCCUGUGUUUGAGGGGAUAAGGCCAGUGCCUCCAUCUGUGGUGUAUAUGGGAGGGCUGCAUCAGAAACCACCUAAGGAACUGCCAGAUGACAUCAAAUUAUACCUAGACUCUUCAAAGAAUGGCGUUAUCUACAUCAGCUUUGGUACCAACGUGGCUCCAUCAACUCUUCCACCAGAGAGAAUCCAGAUCCUAACCAAAGUGUUCUCUCAGCUGCCCUACGACGUGCUAUGGAAGUGGGACAAGGACGAACUGCCGGGACGCUCUAAGAACAUCAGGAUAUCUAAAUGGCUGCCGCAGUCUGAUCUUUUGAGACAUCCGAAAGUAAAACUCUUCAUAACACAAGGAGGUCUACAAUCUACAGACGAGGCUAUAACUGCAGGAGUACCUCUGAUCGGAGUCCCAAUGAUAGCUGACCAAUGGUUCAAUGUUGAAAAGUACGUGUACCUCAAGAUUGGUCUUCAGCUGUCCUUGGAGACAGUCACAGAGGAACAGUUUAAGAAUGCUAUUGUCACCGUUAUUGGUGAUGAAAGUUAUCGACGUAACAUAGAAAAACUGAGAAGUGUUAUGCAAGAUGAACCAAUGGCACCUCUAGAGCGCGCCGUGUGGUGGACGGAGCACGUGCUGCGUCACGGCGGCGCGAGACAUCUGCGUGGACCUGCAGCCAACAUGUCGUGGGCAGAGUACCUCGAACUAGAAUUAGUUGCAAUCAUCUCUAUAGUAUUACUUAGUGUAUUAUCAGUAAUUAUGUCUGCUUUAUACUGUAUGUGUAAAAAAUCUACUAAAAAAACUAAUGUGAAGAAGAAACGUAAUUAAAUGUUGUUAGUUGUUC